AUGCUCAUGAUACUUGCACGUGUACGGUUCGGUUUAAGAACCAUACGACGCCGUCGGAUGGACCUCGUUCCGUGUAGCAAAUAUCAUUGUUUACUUCUACUAGUGCCGCUCCAAAAGCACCCCAGGCAUGUGCUUUAUCCUCUCCAAUCGGUGGAUCGCCGCCGUGGUCAUCGUUGCUCCACACGGACAUUCCACCGUCAUCACCAAACUCAAGACUCUUCUUCUCAGUUUGAGUCUAUAAUACCAAUAGAUCUGUGUGGUGCUGGUUGGUAUGUUUUCGAUCAGAAUAAGAGACAAAAAGGAUUCCAGAUGAAACCUCUCUCGAUCAGGUGA